AUGAUAUCUUCUAGUUAUAUUACCACCUCUACUAUAAAUUACUGCUUUUAAACGUGACAGGGGCUAGGUGACCGGAAAGUGUCAAACAUGGCAACGUAGAUUUCCUCCACCAUUGGAUUUAAAGCGGGAAUGAGACGAAGCAGUGAUCUAAAAAGUUUACUAACUUACAGCUGGCAUAGCUAACAGCAGUGAAACAUCGUGCCAAUGGAUCGUUUGUGGUAAUAAACACGCUAACACAACUCGUGUACCGUGUGUUAGUGUAGAAUCACGGAAUAAUGCAGCUAACAUACGUUUAGCAAAGCAGCUAACCGACAAAUCCGGGGAAACGUCGAGACACUAACGUUAUGUAACGUUUCACGGGACAAACAAGGACAUCCUUGGUAUGUUUACUAAAGAAAGUAGGGCAAUAACAACGUAUUUUACUUAGUGAAAGAGAAAUGAAUGAAUAGAAUGAAGCCGAAACGCAUCCAGAGGCGUAACGUUACAGGACCCAAGUGGCAAGGGAAAGGAGUCAACACCGGUGGUGACAAAGCAGCCCUGAGCCAAGCUAAGCCAACAUGUGUGUCCUCUACUGCUCAAGUCAAACCUUUUGCUGGGAAACUGUUUUAUCUGGAUCUGCCAUCAAACAGAAUAGCAGAGACAUUGGAGAAAGACAUCAUAAACCUGGGAGGGAUUGUUGAGAAGUUCUUCAGUAAGGACAUUAGGUAUCUGGUAUCCAACAAGAGGGAGGCUAGAUAUGUGCAGUGUCUCAGGCAGGACUCUCCUGUUCCCAGCCCGGACACCGGCCCGAGUUCACCUUACCCUCGAACCAACCAGCACCAAUCUGGCACCCGUGAGGACAACAACAAAAGCAAGUCUCAGGGCCAAACAGACUCUUUUGUUCAAAGUCGAGGGAAGUAUUUGGUGGAGAGAGUGGUGAAAGAGCAGGAGAGGGUGAAAAUGAACAAGAUCCUGUCAAAUGCUCUGGAGUGGGGUGUGAAAAUCCUCUACAUAGAUGAUAUAAAGGCAUAUGUUCAGAAGAAAAAAGAUAUUGUCAGCCGCCUGUGUCCUUCUACCACUGCUGUCAAAACAAGUGUCAGUUUACAGGUCAAAGUUCAGUCAGAAGCAAAGCAAGGCUUUCAGAAAUGCAAAGGGGGAAGGAUCACUAAACCGUUUGUCAAGGUUGAGGAUUCAAGCAGACACUACCGUCCAAUCUACCUCACUAUGCCUAACAUGCCUGAGUUCAACCUGAAGACUAUUCCUCCAUGUAGUCCUUUCUGUGUCGAGGACAAGGAUCCCCCUGGGAACAAACAACCUGCACACAGAGGUGCGAAAGCCAGCGAAGAGCGACAACAUGGCCGAAAGAAGACGAGAGACAAGAAACGAGGCGGCUACUGCGAAUGCUGUAUGAUCAAAUAUGAGAACGUCACAACGCAUUUAAAGAGUGAACGGCACAAGGCUUUCUCCAAGAGUGACAAAUACCUGGUGGUGGACAAGCUGGUUUCAACUCUGCAGCACUGCAACUUUCUCCACAUCAAAACUCAAGUUAAAAGACCAAAGUGCAGUGUUUCCUCUGUUCUGAUUGUUCCCGGACCAUGUGGGAAAACUGUACAAAGACACAAGGGAGAUCUUGAUACCACAGAAGAGGAACAGUAUCAGACUCUUGAUGGGCACGAGGGUUCUCUUUCAGGACACACUUUAAAAAUCAGAUCAAAUGCUGGUCCUCUAAUUCACAGGGAGGGGGAGAGGAGGAGCUAUAACACACACUCUAACAGAUCCAAGCACAAAUCUAUUGCAUGUAAACGGCCGUGUAGACAGAAUUCUUUGACUUCUUGCUCUCAAAAACCUGAGCAAGAUGCAAUUACUCAGCCCAAGAUGGAAACGUCCCCCUCUAGAGGUGAAUUUCUUCCCUCUAGUCCCUCCAGAGGUACUCGGGUCAACAAGGUUGCCCAAAAAAUAACUCAAGACAUGAACAGCCCAACUGCUUACUUCCACAAUACGAACAUACAGAAUGAAGCUUCUUCAAAAUGCCUUGAUGUUAAAACAAAUCAACAAGAGGAGUCUGAUAAAAAACUUUAUUCUUUAGUGAAUGAGGCUGUUGAGGAUGGAGACAUAUUGCCUGAGAAAAUGACUGCAAACAACCUCUCAGAAAGGGAAGCAGCGAGCCUUCCUACCCUAAGCUUCUCUCCGGUCCGGAAAAUACAGCGGAGGAUAAGAGUUUAUAAACGCAAAAGACAAAAAAUCAACACACUCGUUGAACACGUAAAGCCGAGUGUCAUUCCCAAUGACUCAAGGCUGAAACUUUGGGAACUUUUUCAGUCAAGUGAUGACAUGGAUGUGGAAUUUCUGGGCUUCAAGUACUAGAAAAUGAGGGGACUGAACUGAUGGGAUGAACUGGACUAUUAUUGCCUUUUCAUAUACUUGAACCGAAUCAAAUUCUGUGCCAUGGACUAUACAAGCUACUAGAAUUUGUUUCAUCUUUAGAAACCUCAGUUUAACUAUGGUCGAGUGAUCUACAGUUGCUUAUUGUCUUUCAGGGAUGGAGAAAGCUUAAUUCUUUCCUCCAUUUUGUUUCAUAUCAGUUGAAAAGCAGCUUCUGAUGUGUCGUAGCAUUUUGUACACAGCGCUGUAUAUGAUAUAAAACUAAACCAGCAAACUAUGACAUUCCCAAUUCUCUUUACAAU